AUGCUUCACUACUUUACGCCUAGCACCUGUUCCGACACUGUCCUGGAUGCUGCUGACGCUGCACUCUCUGCGCAAUGUGCGAAGCAGCAGGCCAUGCCACACCCUCAGACCAAGUGUUUACCUGUACCACUAGCUGUCGACACCAUCGCUACCCAGCCGGUGAACAGUCUGUCUCCACCGGUCCAUAGAGAUCGGCCUUCUUCCCUGCCUGACGAGGUCAGGACUGGCAGGUACAAGCCUGCCACCAGCGCCAGCCAGGCUUCUCCCUCCGUCGUUUCCCCGUCCUCCCCUAGAUUCCGCCAUCAAUCUGCCAACAAGGCCGAUACUUGGUUCGUGCGUCAUCCCUACUACAACAAACACAACCCAUGCAAAGACCUAACCAGCCACAAGGUCCUAUUCUCUUUCGCCCUCGACUCCACCGAGUCUCAUGCCGGUUACUGGCGACAGGCCCAGUCGAUUCCAGCCCCGGGCACUCCUGUUCCCCAACGCGUAUUGCAGAGCGUUCAAGGUACAGCAGGACAUGCCGUCAGGGCCGUCUCAGCUAGGAUACUAGACGGCUGCUCCCCACCAGCGCCCACAGCGCACCUUUCGCACAACCAAGGCCGCCCCCCUAUCCCUGUAAAGCGUCUUUACACGCUCCAGCGUAAUGCAGUAUGGCGUCCACUUAUUGACAGGUGGUGUCUCUAUCGGCUUGCUGAGAGCAGCUUCAAUAUAUCGAGAUGGGAAUGGAUGGCCGUCAGCCGUGUCGACGACUUUUGGAUCCCAUGGAUCGAAGAGACAAUGUUGUUCAUCCGCGCCGUGCAAGCCAGUUGCUGCCCAGAGUUCAAUCCCACCCAGGAGGCCUGGGAAUGGCUUCGCCAAGUUACCCAAGGCCUGCCGUCACGCUCUGGUGAGGAGCCAGAUGUUGCUGCCAACGUUGGGACGGCGGACGCCUCUAGACAUCGUCAAGUCCUCCAGUACUGCGUAUCCGAGGCCGCGUCCCUAAUGCCAGAUAUCAACCGCUGUUUAAACGAGAAGAAGCACGAUGUCGACGUGCUCUCGAAGGUGAUGCACCACAUCAGCUUUUGGGCUGUCUCUUCCAGCAACAACAGGCAAGAGACAGCCCUCCCAACAUCAACCUAUCGGCAACGACUUGUGCCGCUGCUUACAGCAGUCAUCGUCCAGCUUCGUAACAACCCUUCCCAAGGCCCGCCUACUUUAUCCGCCUUUUGCAGCAAGCUAGGCCUCCCGCUGGAAGAGUCGUCUACAGCAGGAGCUGUCAGCUGCAGUUGCAAAACACUAAGCUGCAGCUACCCACACGCCAUACCCCUACAGUAUUAUCAAAGUCUCCUUCGACAACCAGCGCGUCUACCCAACAACCGCCUAGCAGAGGUGUCGUCUAUUGAGUUCCAGAACGACGUGUGGCGCACGGUCAGCAGGUCUAUGUCCCAGUGGAGGACGCCUGAGAUGCAAAAGACGCUCUUAUCCGUGGCUGGGGUUGGGAGUCCUGAGUACAUGGCCCGCUUCCAGCCCGACAGCCCGUGGGUGCAGGUCUGCAACGUCGUGCGGCGAUGGUUCGGCAAUCAAUCUCAACUCGUCUCUUUCGCCCUGCGUAAUGUAGACGAAGAAGACAAGGAAAUCGCAGCCCCUGCACUGCUUCCGCUUACCCCGCCGUGGAAGAGCGUUGUUCUCCGCCGCAUCAUACGCAUACGUCCCGAGUACCGGCCCCCAUACAACCAGGUGCCCCCCUUUGUUGUUGCUGGGUUUACUGCUCUAGAAAACCGAAGCCUUAAGAACGACAAGUUCGACAAGACUGCUGCCCAUUACCGCCUUGCGCGCAGUGUACUUGACGACCUGAUAGCCACCCGUCCCAAGGUGGCCGACAUCCUCCUACUCACCGCCCUCGUUUUUGGGCAUGCCACCUGCACGCCCUUUGUCAGGCCAGGCCUUGCCACAUUUGAGCCGUCAACAAAGGCACCCCGUUCCGGCUGUGAGCGUACUGCUGCCCUGCUUACUAGGAUACUCUGGUUUGUCGCGCCAGUACGCUUUGAGGCAGGAGAGGCCGCCGGACGGAUUCGGCACCGGACAUCUCUAUUCCGCUCAGCUGGUAUAAGACAUCCCCUCCUUCCCCCCUACUUUUCGUAG